AUGGGGGAUUCCAGCGCGCCCUAUCCUUCUCGCUGGUCUGGGUAUAUUCAGUGUCACAAAACCCCAAUUUACGACCCUCGUGGCGAUGUUCAAUUAGUGCUGAGCAAAAGAAUCACUCCAUCUGCUAUCAGCCCUAACACCGGGACGGGUCCUACCAAGAAGGUUCAAGAUGGCGGAGAGGCGCAGCUUGAGGCUCCUGCCGGACAGAACAAUGGAGCGUCACCUGCAGAGGCACCGACGGCCCACGAAAAUCAAGAGAUCGAAGCCAAGGUGUCGUCAAAACAUCUCUCGCUGGCGUCAAAGGUUUUCCGUGCCAUGUUCGACGGCAAUUUUCGGGAGGGAGUCGCGUUGGGAGCCGACCAAGCGACAAAAGUACCGCUACCUGAAGACAAUGCCGAUGCAAUGAUGGUUUUGCUUGGUAUCAUACAUGGACUGAACCGAAGCGUCCCUCGCAAAAUCGAGUACGCGCUGUUUUUUGCGAUCGUGGUUCUGAUUGACAAGUACGAGCUUCAAGAGGCUACGGGAGUGUACACAGAUCUCUGGUUCUCUGAUCUCUGGCCAGCCCGCAACACCUUGACUCCCCAUCUUGCGGACCGGAUUUACACUUGUUGGGUUCUCAGAAGACCAGUUGAGUACACUGAAGUGACCAGGGAUGCUAUUUAUUGGUGUACUUCUCACUUUGAAGAAAACGGACUUCCAUUUCCACCUGCAAUCCCCAGCAAGAUCGAAGCAAGUCGACUAUCGAUCAUCGGCGACAUGCUCAUCUAUCUGAACGAUACUGUUGAACGUUACCAGAGUGACACCCAGCAAUGUUUACGACACGCAGAAUGUGACGCUCUUGUCCUUGGAGACCUUAUCAAGAAGUUGAAGCUCAAGGGCCUCUACCCUAUCCCUCAAGCCACUGCUCUGGAUAUUUCCAUUAUGGAGCUUUUCUCUCGGUUACGUGCACUGGGAGUCUCCUCGCUGUGUGAGAUAUAUCCUCUAACUCAACUAAAACCAUCUCGUUGUAUUCCGAAGUUAGAUCUGCGAUUUUGCGGUGUUAUGAAGGGCCUUGAAAGCGAACUCUCAAAACUCGAAAAGAGGAUUCAGGGUUUGACAUUGCCCUUCUUUACUCCUUGA